CUCAAAGGAGUCACCACUGCGCGCGCUGCAGGAGAGAGUGGCAGAACGAGUCAGCCCCGGGCAGCAAGCGGAGGGGUGCCCGCUCGGCGACCGCUGCAGUGCAGACACCACUCAGGGCAGGGGGUCCCCGGCGGCUGGAACGCUCUUUUCUGAACCUCAGGUGGAUGAUGCUCUUUCCGAUGAACUGCUGAACACUCUGUGGACACAUCCCUGCUGUACCUUGGCCAUCAGCUGAGACAAGAUGGAAGACUCCUACAAGGAUAGGACUUCACUGAUGAAGGGUGCCAAGGACAUUGCCAAAGAGGUGAAGAAGCAAACAGUGAAGAAGGUGAACCAGGCAGUGGACCGGGCCCAGGACGAAUACACCCAGCGGUCCUACAGUCGGUUCCAGGAUGAAGAUGAUGAUGAUGACUACUACCCACCUGGAGAAACCUACAGCGGGGAGGCCAAUGAUGACGAAGGCUCAAGUGAAGCCACUGAGGGUCAUGAUGAAGAGGAUGAGAUCUAUGAAGGGGAGUACCAGGGCAUCCCCAGCAUGAACCAAGGGAAGGACACCAUAGUGUCUGUGGGACAACCCAAAAGAAAUGAGUACAAGGACCGCAAAGAGCUGGAAUCAGAGAGGAGGGCUGAUGAGGAAGAGCUGGCCCAGCAGUAUGAGCUGAUAAUCCAGGAGUGUGGCCAUGGGCGUUUCCAGUGGGCACUCUUCUUCGUCUUGGGCAUGGCUCUCAUGGCAGAUGGUGUGGAAGUGUUUGUGGUGGGCUUUGUGCUACCCAGUGCAGAGACAGACCUCUGCAUACCGAAUUCAGGAUCCGGAUGGCUAGGCAGCAUAGUGUACCUCGGGAUGAUGGUGGGGGCCUUCUUCUGGGGAGGACUGGCAGACAAAGUGGGAAGGAAGCAGUCUCUCCUGAUUUGCAUGUCUGUCAACGGAUUCUUUGCCUUCCUUUCUUCAUUUGUCCAAGGCUAUGGCUUCUUUCUUCUCUGUCGUUUGCUUUCUGGAUUCGGGAUUGGGGGCGCCAUUCCGACCGUGUUCUCCUACUUUGCCGAAGUCCUAGCCCGGGAGAAGCGGGGUGAGCACCUCAGUUGGCUCUGCAUGUUCUGGAUGAUUGGCGGAAUCUACGCUUCGGCCAUGGCCUGGGCCAUCAUCCCACACUACGGGUGGAGCUUCAGCAUGGGCUCAGCCUACCAGUUCCACAGCUGGCGCGUCUUCGUCAUCGUCUGUGCACUCCCGUGCAUCUCCUCUGUGGUCGCCCUCACCUUCAUGCCGGAAAGCCCCCGGUUCUUGCUGGAGGUGGGAAAACAUGAUGAAGCCUGGAUGAUUCUGAAGCUAAUUCAUGAUACCAACAUGAGAGCUCGGGGCCAGCCAGAGAAGGUCUUCACGGUAAAUAAAAUCAAAACUCCCAAACAAAUAGAUGAGCUGAUUGAGAUUGAGAGCGACACAGGGACGUGGUAUAGGAGGUGUUUUGUUCGGAUCCGCACAGAACUGUAUGGAAUUUGGUUGACUUUUAUGAGAUGCUUCAACUACCCAGUCAGGGAAAACACCAUAAAGCUCACCAUUGUUUGGUUCACACUGUCCUUUGGGUACUAUGGAUUGUCUGUUUGGUUCCCUGAUGUCAUCAAACACCUGCAGUCAGACCAGUAUGCCCUGCUAACGAAAAAUGUGCAAAAAGAUAAAUAUGCAAACUUCAGUAUUAACUUUACCAUGGAAAACCAGAUCCAUACUGGAAUGGAGUACGACAACGGCAGAUUCCUCGGAGUCAAGUUCAAGUCCGUAACUUUCAAAGAUUCGGUGUUUAAGUCGUGCACCUUUGACGAUGUGACCUCAGUCAACACCUACUUCAAGAACUGCACAUUUAUCGAUACCCUUUUUGAGAACACAGAUUUUGAGCCAUAUAAGUUCAUCAACAGUGAAUUUCAGAACUGCUCGUUUCUUCACAACAAGACAGGAUGCCAGAUUACUUUUGACGAUGACUAUAGUGCCUAUUGGAUAUACUUUGUCAACUUUCUCGGGACAUUGGCAGUGUUGCCAGGAAAUAUUGUCUCUGCUCUCCUGAUGGACAGAAUCGGACGCUUGACAAUGCUAGGCGGCUCCAUGGUGCUCUCAGGGAUAAGUUGUUUCUUCCUGUGGUUUGGUACCAGUGAAUCCAUGAUGAUAGGCAUGCUGUGUCUGUACAAUGGACUGACCAUCUCAGCGUGGAAUUCCCUUGAUGUAGUCACAGUGGAACUGUACCCUACAGACCGGAGAGCAACAGGCUUCGGCUUUUUGAAUGCGCUCUGCAAAGCUGCAGCCGUGCUGGGAAACCUAAUAUUUGGCUCCUUGGUCAGCAUUACCAAAGCAAUCCCCAUCCUGCUAGCUUCCACCGUACUCGUGUGUGGAGGACUCGUGGGGCUGCGCCUGCCAGACACACGAACCCAGGUUCUGAUGUGACGGAACAAAAGCCAUCUCCUUCUCCCACCGUGGGUCGGUCCUGCUGCCUGACUCGAGGCUGCAGAGUUAUUUUGUGUGUAGAAAGGCGGCCGAGUAUCAGAA